UGGUAAGAAAAACGGGGAAGGACAGAGGUCUGACAGAGAUCAUUUCAAAAGCUACAAACAGCUUGCCUGCUGUUUUCUGAUGGGAGAAUGUAUUCAAUCAUGAAUCAAACUGGACUUUAUUGUACAUCUUGACUGGACAAAGACUGGCGGUUGACAGUGGGUAUUACCUUGUUGUUUUGCUACUCAGACACAGUUUUCAGGAAUAGAAUAUACAGGGUUGUGAUCCACGGCUAACAAAAGAACCACCUAAAAUACUGACUUGACUUAUUUAUAUCACUGCCUGUUAGAGGCAUGAAGACUGUACCAAGGCUUCACUACUGGCCAUCUUUAGCGUACCCAGGGAACCAGGACCUCAGCUUGGGAUAAUGGAGACUGGUAAUCAGACAGCGAGUGAAUCUCAAGGUGCAGGACAAACUUUGGCACCUCUUUGCACAGCCCACUGCUGUGGACUACUAAACCGAACACUGGUGGUCAUGUUCAUGGUUAGCCUGGCCUUUGCUAUUGUGGUGGGAAACGUGGUGACGCUUACUGUUUUCAUGCAGACCCGGCAUUCACGAACACCUCAGGGCUACCUCAAAGUGUCCCUGGCCUUCGCCGACAUGAUGGUUGGAGUCUUGGUGGUGCCAUUUUCUGUAUACACUGAAAUCUCUCUGAUGGUGACCAGCACUCCACCGCUGUGGUACCAGGCCAUUUCAGCGGCCUCACUGGAGGGUGGAUCAGGACCUUGGCAACCUUGCAUGCUGAUAGGUCCAGUUUUUGCUGGAUGCACUUUUGUCUCAAUUAGUACCAUCUUUCUGAUGACAGUGGAGCGCAGUGUGGCAAUCCUGCGUCCGCUGCAUAAAGACACUCUUGUGACGUGGCAUCGCACCCUGUUCCUAAUUGUCUUGUCCUGGGCUGGCAGCUUCUUACUGGCAAUGGCUCCGCUCAUGCUAAGCAACAGCUUCACACUGGAGUACAAUGAAUGCAGCCGCAUGUGCAACUAUGCACCCUUAUUAAUCGGACAUCAGUUGCCACCAGAUGCAAACAUCCUUCUGCUGUUUCCAGCCUUUGACUUCAGUUUAUUGGGCGGGACAUUAGCCAUCAAUAUCCUGUCCUUUACCAGUAUCCGCCGAUACUCCCGCAAACGAAAGCUGCUCUCUGAGGGAAGUCUUGGCACGGAUGCAGGAGCCGGAGGGUGUCCCCACAGGCCCUCUUUUUCUGAUAUCAAAGCAGUUAAAACCAUUGGAAUCCUCACCUUUGCAUUCACAGCCUCGUUCUCUCCUAUCGCAGUAUUUGUGCUGGGGAACGUAGUGGGAUACACUUGGUGCAACUUCUCCUUUUUUGCAUUUUGGAUUCUGACAAGCAAUAGCUGCUGCAAUGUGAUUAUUUAUAGUGUGCGGGACCACCGUUUUAGGAAAGGGCUGACUCUGCUCUUUCAGCGGGACAGAGCACAACCUCACCCAGAGAAAAGCUGAGAUUUUUUGGACAGGAGCUGGGCAAAGGCUGGCACUGACUUCACUUUCUUUACCUCCCGUCACUUUCGCCUCAAGAGAUUAAGAAUUUGCUUUUCAGGAUCUCUUUCACAAAUGGAUCAGGGACAACAAUAUACAUCAUUCCAGGGAUUGUGGCAGUUGUCAUUAUGUUUUACAGAGAAUUAUAGUCUUUAUUAGCAUAUCCCUGCAGUUAUUUAUUUUUUAUUCUGAUACACGUAUAUGUAUGAAAUACAGAGACGCCUUAUUGAUUAUUGCGUUGCGUAUUUAGCAUAAAUCUGUAUAAUAUGUAUGUGAGACAUUUUUUAAUGCGAUUUUUAAGAACAAUUGACAUUUUGAAAGAGUUCUAUUUGUACCUAA